AUGGAUAACUCAAAAAACAGGUAUAAUGACAAUUUGGGUGUGAACAAAAUGGGAAAAAACAUUAGAAAGAGUCCUUUACACCAGCCCAAUUAUGGCAACAACGUCAACGGGGGUAAACAGCAGCAACAGCCUCAGCCUCAGCCUCAGGUUUACAACAUAAGCAAGAAUGAGUUCAGGGAUAUUGUUCAGCAGCUUACUGGGUCACCCUCUCAGGAUCCUCAAUCAAAACCUCCUCAGAACAAUUCCCCAAAACCUCAGAACAUGAGAUUGCAGAAGAUUAAACCUCCCCCUUUACCUUAUGUGAGACCUCCAUUGCCUGCUCCUUACAAUAACAACACCUUGGCUACUAGACCUGCUCAGUUUAGACAACCAUCACCUAUCCCUUUUCCACAGGCCAAUACAGCUGAGUCACCAAUCUCUGCCUACAUGAGAUACCUUGAACAUUCAUUAACAGAUCCAGGUUCAAAGGGUAGUCAAGUUCAACCUCAACUACCUUCUGCUUUGUUUCCUAAUCAUCUUAUGCUUCCUUCUCAAAGAUUAAAUGGUCCUCUUGUGUCUGUGAAUGGUACAAACCCUCUUCCUCCUCCUCAUGUGCCUGGUGUUCCUUCCCCACAAACAAAUGGACCUCCUAUUGUACCUUCUCCAACCUCACAGUUUUUCUUGCCUUCACCAAAUGGCUACAUGAAUUUCCUGUCCCCUCAGUCUGCUUAUCCUUCACUUCUGUCCCCUGGCAUUCAGUUUCCAUCUCCUUUUACUCCCAAUUUCCCUUUCUCGCCCUUUGGACAGUCAGGGAUUUUGGGCCCCGGGCAGCAGCCUCCCCUUUCUCCGGGGAUGUUGCCUUUGUCUCCUUCAGGCUUUUUCCCCAUCACAAGUCCUAGGUGGUGA